AUGAAGUCGAGGUUAGGGCUGGGGUCGUCGAGAUCAGGGUGGGGCUGGGGCCGCCAAGGUUGGGGUCGGGGCCGGGGCUGGGGCCACCGAGGAUACCCACUCGUCUGCCAUGGCGGAAAUCGCCUCUUUCAUGUUGAAUUCUUGCUCCGAUGUCCACCUAGAGCUUCAUUUUCGUCCAUGGCUUGGCUCAACCUUCAAAUAGACUUACCAAUUCUAAGGUAUGGAAAAUACUGCGGGGUGUUUUACACGGGUUGCCCCAAUGAAGAGCCCUGUGAUGCCCUCGACAAAUGCUGCAUGGAUCAUGAUAAUUGCAUAGGCAAAACGGGAAAUCAAUACCUGAGCCAGCUGUGUAAUGGAAAACUUUUAGAGUGUGUGGAGAGUUUCAGGAAAUCAGGUGCACCCUCUUUUGAAGGGAACACGUGUCAAGUGAAGGAUGUUGUCACAGUCAUCAGCAAUGCCAUGAGAGCUGCUGUAGUCACUGCAAAUUUUUUCGUAAUUAAACCUUAAGUAACGAAAUUAUAAUUAAAUAAAAAGUUGAUAAUAUAUAUGUUUUUAUUUCGUUUCCUCUUUUCGCCCCUCUUUAAUAGGCUAAAAAGCCUCAAAUGAAAAUGUAUUUGCCAAUUAUACCAUACUUAUGUACUAUUUGCAUCAAUUAUAUAUAAAUAUGUAAUAUGAAUUACUGCACGUCGUACUAUGGAGAAACUAAGGACCAAUUGUAGAGAAAAAAUAUGAGAA